UCCAAAAUCAAAUCAUCGACCAGGCUUCCCAAAUUGAGAGAACAGAACACACAUAUUUCCUUUUUUAUUUUCGAUUUGCCCAGAAAUGGACUGUGCUCUGAGAAUCGCCCCUUCGUCGCCCAAGGUUUCCUCCCUCCAUCAUCGUUUGCACAGUAAUUCGAGGGUUUUUCACAGGAUAGGCUCUGGGAUUCCCUGCAAUGACGCCGUCUUGCUCACUUCAUCCUUGUUUGCUUCUCCCGCUAGGGUUGUUCGAUGCGAUGUCAGGCGAAUAAGUAGUCUAGAAUCUCUUUUCUGCUAUGAUAAACCUAUUCCUGAGGAGAUCAUUGAGAAGCCUAUUGGGCUUGCGUUGAACGAGAAGGAUGUUGGAGAGAAUCCUCGAUGCUCUAGUUGUCUCUCUAAAGGAGCGACUCUUUGUGCAACUUGUUCAGGGUCAGGCUUAUAUGUGGACUCUAUCUUGGAGAGUCGAGGAAUCAUCGUAAAAGUUCGAUGUUUAGGUUGUGGAGGAACAGGGAAUACCAUGUGUUCAGAAUGUGGCGGCCGGGGUCAUCUUUGAUUUGGCUUCAUGUUUGUUAUUGCUCACAUAAAAGGUCUGUUCUCAUUUAAUUAGUUAUAUCCCGGGGCAUGUAAUGCAAACCUGCAGAGAUCCUGAUUACAGAUAUUCAACAUGUGUAUGCUUUUGCUUUUAACUUCUCGUUGUAUCAUACAGCAAUGGGAAAAAAAUAUAUUUAAAUAUGCUAUA